AUGGCAUCGGAGGAUGACAGAGAGUUUUACCUUCGGUAUUACGUCGGCCACAAGGGAAAGUUUGGGCACGAGUUCUUGGAGUUCGAGUUCCGGCCGGACGGCAAGCUCCGAUACGCCAAUAACUCCAACUACAAGAACGACACCAUGAUUCGCAAGGAGGUCUUCCUCUCCCCCGCGGUUCUCAAGGAGUGCCGCCGCAUCAUAUCUGAGAGCGAGAUCAUGAAGGAAGAUGAUAACAACUGGCCGGAACCUGAUAGGGUUGGACGACAAGAGCUUGAGAUUGUGAUGGGGAAUGAGCACAUUUCCUUCACUACCUCCAAAAUCGGUUCACUUGUUGAUGUACAGAGCAGUAAGGACCCUGAAGGGCUUCGCAUCUUCUACUAUCUUGUUCAGGAUCUGAAGUGCUUUGUUUUCUCCCUCAUUUCGCUCCACUUCAAGAUCAAACCCAUCUAA